AUGGCGAACAUCCACCCUGCCUGCAAGCCCGUCUCAGGAGACUUCCAUGUCCUGAACGUGGUGGUCAAGGAGCAUGUGACAAAGUCGUUCAAUGCUUUGCUCACAUGCAACAUCAAGGUGCCCUACAUGAAGGCAGUGAACUUGGAGGGGCCGCCUCGGGCAGUCCGCAAAGAAGCCAUCAAGGACGGAAUGGAACUUGGCAAGAAGUUUUUGGCAGAGGGCGAGGCUGGAGCGCGAUCUGUGUGCCUGAAGCUGAAGAAGACGCGCUGGACGCCGCAGCAGUUGGCGAGCGUCGACGAAAAGGACCUCUACACCAACCACCCUCUCCCUGGCUUCCGGGACAACCAGGAGCUGCUAAGCAAGGAGGAGGCGCUGGUGCCGCCUGGUGAAGGCUGGACGAGGCACAGCCCGACAAUGCUCGUGCAUCCCCAGAGCCAGGUGUUCUUCUUCCAGACGGGUGACAAGGCAGGGCGCUAUGUCCGACGAGGCACCGGCUCGGAGUGGGAGGAUAUCGAUCCGCCACACACUCCGCAGGAGUACGAGCUCCUCGUUCGUGCAGGCAGUGCCUCAAGCUCUCGCCGUGGCACCAAACUGGACCGUGCUGUGAUCCUGAACGAUGUGACGAAAAUCGCGCGGCUGGCCUUGAAGCUGCCGCUGAGUUUCGUAGACCGCCCUGCCAGUGCCUUCGCCCUCUUCUACGGCGUGCGCAACGCCGACGCGGCACAGUGGUGCGCGGAGAACUUUCACAAGAAGCUUCUUCCGCGACUUGCCGAGAAGAUCCACGUCUUCACGACGGAGGAUUUGCAGUCAGUGCUGGAGGCCACGCUGCGGGACCUCGACAGCGAGCUGCUGACCGGUACCGGAUCGGCGUGCAGCCCAUACAGCGGUUGCUCUGCACUGCUGGCGUUGCUGCUGGGAAACCGCCUGGUCAUCACCGGUGUGGGCGACUGCCGUGUGGUGCUGCUGGAGGGGGAGGGCCAGGCCGCCAGUGCCACGCCUCUCCUGGAGAAGGCUGGCAGCCUGGAGGACCCAGAGGAGCAGCAGCGCUUCUGGAAGGCUGGCGGCAUGGUGAAUGGCGGCCUCCUGUACCAUCAGCAGCCAGAGCAACUGGACGACGUCCACCGCAUACUCUGUGCACCCAACGUGUUUGACGCGCUGCUUGCAGACAGCGAGGAGCUGGAUGAGAAGCAGGUGAAAGCCGCCUACCGGCGUUGGGCGCUGCGGGUGCACCCGGACAAGCAGACUGGGGCCGAGUGCGACGCUGACAGGAGAGCGUUUGGCUUGGCCUUCGCGCGCUUGGAAGAGUCCCGAGAAAAGCUUGAGGCCAUGAUGGCAGAGGACCUCGAGUCCUGCCGCGAACUUCGCCGGGUGCUUCAUGCCGAGGUUUCCACCCGCGCUGGGGCUGCAACCUUACUUGGCGUGGACAAGGCCGCUGCUACCGAUUCCAUCAUCAUCGAGGAGGUAGCGAAAGAAGCUGAGCGGGCUGCAAAAGAGCUGAAAAGAAAGAUCGCGAAACUGGAGGUGGUCGCGCCGGACUUCCGCCAAGCCGAAGCCAUCUGCGACGAGGCGGUGCGGACCUUGGCGCGGCCCGUGGCCGCCGAGGCGCUCCCCCGCAGCGAGGCGCUGCUCCGGGAGGGCGCCGCCUGCAGCCGCGCCUUGGGCCUCCGGGACUUGCGCUUUCCUCGCCCGGUGGUGCUGAUGGAGCCAAAGUCUGUGAGCUACAUGCUGUCGACGAAUGCAUCCGUGCGCUUCGCCCUACUCUGCGGUGCCACGGCUGCUCUCGACGACCAGAGCCUAACUCGCGCGGCAGCAGCACAUGCCAGAAGGCCAAAAGCCUCCGUCUUGGUUUUCAACGCGCUGUCCGAUGCCAGCCCGGCGUCCGCACCCGCGUCGAAUGCAUCCAGUGCUUCGGUUUGCAUCAGCGUGAGGCGGUCUGGCAAGGCGGAAGCUCCUGCUGCCAAGCGCCAGAAGACGGGCAGCUCCGACACUGUCCGUGUGCGGCACAUCCUUCUCCGCCACCAGCAAGUCCGCCAGGCGGACCCGAUGCUGCGGCGAGACGCGGGCCGAUCCUUGCAAGAGGCUGAGGAGUUGGCUUUGAAGACGCUGGAAACUUUGCUGAAAACCCCGAACCAGUUUCCAAAGCUGUGCAGGGAGCUCUCCGACUGUCAAAGCGGUGACCAACCGGGGCAACUCUGCGGAGAUUUGGGCUGGCUGGCCAAGGGGCAGACAGAGGCGGUCUUGGACGAGGCGAUCUUCGCCCUCAACGCAAACGAGUUCAGCGACGUGCUGGCUGGCAGCCGUGGCCUCCACAUAAUUCAGAGGCUAGCCUAA